AUGGCGUGCUGCCUCCCGGGCUGGUGCUGCAAGUUCCAGCGGCGGAUCGAGGCGUGCGGCGUCAUCCUCUACGAGGAGUCGCACCUCGCCGACGGCGACUUCUCCACCGUCACUCUCGUCUGGCACGAGGACGACCUCGUCGUCCUCAAGCGCACCCCACUCCCCGCCGACCAGAAGGCGAGGGCGGACGACGUGGUCACUGCGCACGAGCGGCUGCGCGGGCACCCUUUCAUCGUGCACCUCUUCGGCCACGACCUCAUCGCCGCCGGCGACGCCCUCGAGCAACGGCUGCUCCUCGAGUACUGCGCGGGCGGCUCGCUGGCAGCCUCGCCGCUGCCGAUCGGGGAGGCGCACGCGCUGCCGAUCCUCGGCCAGCUCUGCUCCGCGGUGAGCGCCUGCCACGCCGCCGGAGUGACGCACCGCGACGUGCGGCUCGAGAACGUCUACCGGCGGGCGGGGCCGCGAGACACGUACGUGCUCGCCUCCUUCGGGGCGUGCCGCGUCUCCAAGCUCCCCUCGUCGCCGAGCGGCCAGGUCCUCCGGAGCCGCGAGGCGGUGGCGGCGGCGCGCCAGGAGGCGGAGGAGACGGUGCACGCCGUCUGCCGCGCGCCAGAGCAGGUGGCGCCGGAGCUCGGCGCGACCCUCGGGCCAAAGGUGGACGUGUGGGGCGUCGGCGUGUUAAUCCAGGGGCGGGACAUGUAUUUGUCGCUCAACAUGGUUUCGCCGUUGCCCCGCAAGAAGCUGACGAUGGCGUUCGCAGACUUGCGCCCCAAGGCCGCCUGA